AUGGCGGAAACACGCCCAUCCACCUCUGACUAUCACGGCCCGGACCAUCUCGAGACUCCUCUCGAGUCGCCUGGGCCGCCGACUUCUGGCACUGAGACACCAUUCGCUUGGGAUAUUACGACACCGGGACUGCCGUCCGGCGCAAUCACUCCACACCCCUUGCUUGGACACAGAGAGACACAAGACAUUGAUUCAAAGGCUCUCGCGGCGGCGCUACACGAGUCCCACGCCUAUGAACUGCAGCAGGUGAAUACCAACACGGCAGGUGAGCAGAUCCUCGAGCUCGCCCACGUCCGCAGCCGGGUCGUGCACGAGAGCACCGUCGGUCUGCCACCCGAUGCUGAGCCCAUAAGAUCGUCGGGGAAGCAGGGUGUUCCACCCGAGCUGAAAAACCUGUUCGCCGAAGCUGUCUUCGUGCUGGUCAACACGGCCGGCCAGUUGAUCUUCAGCUUAACGCUCGGUCAUGUAAUGGUGCCACAAUCAAAAUUCCAGGCUGCUUUGGGUAUUGUGCCCAGCCAGGGCCCUUGGCUUGUGGGCUCCUCGCUGCUCGCCAGUGGUCUAUCCGUUAUCAUCUCCGGCUCCUUUGCAGACCUGGCACCGCCCAAGCCGCUGAUGGUCGGCGCCUUCGUCUGGCAGGCGUUAUGGAACGCGGUUGCUGCUGCAGCUAUCAAGCCCGAGCUCAAAAUCCUCUUUUUCGUUGCGCGCGCCAUGGGCGGCCUGUCUGUGGGCAUCUUGGUCUCGGCGAGUAUGAGUAUCCUGGGCCGUGUCUACAAUCCCGGCAUCCGCAAGACCCAGGUCUUCAGCCUCAUGGCGGCCGGCGCCCCGCUUGGCUUCUGGAUCGGCUGCAUCCAGGGUGGUGCUCUGGCGUCGCAUCUCCCGUGGAUCUUCGGCAGCACGUCCAUAUUCCUCGCCCUGUGUGCCGUGGCGGCGCAGUUCACUAUCCCCGCUCUGCGCCCAGCACAAGACUCGUCAGAUGCGAACGCUCCCAGCCUACGGGACUUUGAUUAUCUGGGCGCGCUGCUAGCUUCGUUGGGCUGCGGCUUACUCCUGUUUGGUCUCACGCAGGGCAGUUCUGCCAAGUGGAACCCGUACACGUACUCUCUGAUCAUAGCGGGCAUGCUGAUGUUCGUGGCGUUUUACAUGGUCGAGAACCGGGUCAAGAGACCCCUGAUCCCAAACGCAUUGUGGAAAACACCUGGGUUUGCAGCGCUGAUGAUUGCGUAUUUCCUCGGAUUUGGAGGGUUUAACGGCGCUUGGCAGUUCUACGCCAUCCAGUUCUGGCAGAAAUACCAAGGAACCACCCCGCUCACCACGGCGCUCUACUUCCUGCCCAACGCCAUCGUGGGCGUCCUGGCCACCUUCAUCGUGGCCAAGACGCUGCACAUCUGGCCGGGCCACUGGAUCCUGACGGCCUCGAUGGUCUGCUUCGCCUUGGGGCCCGUCUUCUUCCUCCCGCAGCAACCGUCCACGACGUACUGGGCCCUCAGCAUGCCGGGGGUGGCCCUCGCGACGCUGGGGCCCGACAUGAGCUUCGCCGCCGCCGCCAUCUUCAUCACCUCGAGCGUGCCCCGGAGCUACCAGGGCAGCGCCGGCAGCCUGCUCGUCACUGUCCAGAACCUGACCAGCGCCAUCUUCACCAGCAUCAGCGACAGCAUCGGCGUCAGGGUCGACGAGCAGCCCGACGGCUCCAUCGGCCUCGAGGGCAUGAGAGCUAUCUGGUGGUUCGGCUUCGCCGCCGCCAUGACCGGCGCCCUCAUCACCGGCACCUUGGUGCGGAUCCCCAAGGCCGAGGAGAAGGAGCAUGUGCAGUAG